CCGCGAAGUGAAAGCAGAAGUGUCAGCCCUGCCCGGGGAAGCCUCCCCAGGUCCCCCGAAGCGACGGGGACAGCCGGUCCGUCCUCUCCUUCUAAGAGAAGCCCCCGCUGCUUGCACACCCGCGAGUGCGCGCGCACACCGCACCCGGACGCGCCGCGUUCACCUGCUGUGGACCUGAACAGCCCUUUUCAAAAGACACAGGCCCGAGACGCACCCUGCAGGGCCUGGCAGCUCCAGAAUGGCAGAAGACGACCCAUAUUUGGGCGGGCACGAACAAAUGUUUCCCUUGGAUCCUUUGAACCCUUUGCAUCCCACAAUAUUUAAUCCAGAAUUAUUUCAACCAGAGAUGCCGCUGGCGACGGCAGAUGGCCCAUACCUUCAAAUAUUAGAGCAACCUAAACAGAGAGGAUUUCGAUUCCGUUACGUAUGUGAAGGCCCUUCACAUGGUGGACUUCCUGGUGCCUCUAGUGAAAAGAACAAGAAGUCCUACCCUCAGGUCAAAAUCUGCAACUAUGUGGGACCUGCCAAGGUGAUCGUGCAGUUGGUCACAAAUGGAAAAAACAUCCACCUGCACGCCCACAGCCUGGUGGGGAAGCACUGUGAGGACGGGAUCUGCACCGUCACUGCCGGGCCCAAGGACAUGGUGGUCGGCUUUGCAAACCUGGGUAUACUUCAUGUGACAAAGAAAAAAGUGUUCGAAACCUUGGAGGCACGGAUGACGGAGGCCUGCAUGCGGGGCUAUAACCCCGGACUUCUGGUGCACCCUGACCUCGCCUAUUUGCAAGCGGAAGGCGGAGGAGACCGGCAACUCACAGAUCGAGAAAAGGAACUCAUCCGCCAGGCAGCCCUGCAGCAGACCAAGGAGAUGGACCUCAGUGUGGUGCGGCUCAUGUUCACAGCUUUCCUUCCCGACAGCACCGGCAGCUUCACCAGGCGCCUGGAACCCGUGGUCUCCGACGCCAUCUACGACAGCAAAGCCCCCAAUGCCUCCAACCUGAAAAUCGUAAGGAUGGACAGGACAGCUGGGUGCGUGACCGGAGGAGAGGAAAUUUAUCUUCUAUGCGACAAAGUCCAGAAAGAUGACAUCCAGAUUCGGUUUUAUGAAGAGGAGGAAAACGGUGGCAUCUGGGAAGGGUUUGGAGACUUUUCCCCCACAGACGUUCAUAGACAGUUCGCCAUCGUCUUCAAAACUCCCAAGUACAAAGAUGUCAACAUCACCAAGCCAGCCUCCGUGUUCGUCCAGCUGCGGAGGAAAUCUGAUUUGGAAACAAGUGAACCGAAACCUUUCCUCUACUACCCUGAAAUCAAAGACAAAGAGGAAGUGCAGAGGAAGCGGCAGAAGCUCAUGCCCAACUUCUCCGACAGUUUCGGCGGCGGCAGCACGGGCGGCGGCGGCGGGAUGUUCGGGAGCGGCGGCGCGGGCGGUGCCGGCGGGGCGGGCCCAGGAUACGGCUUCACUCCCCACGGACUUUUGUCAGGAAAAAACAGCUAUUCUGCUUUCAGGAACUUCCAAACCCUGCUCCCCUACAGUGCACAGGAGAACCAAAUGGCCCAUGUGUUUGCCUUCUUCUUAGGAACCAUAGACAACGAAUAUAAAACUGACCCUGAAGGUUAUGGCAAGAGCGAUGGUGGUGGGGCCGUAGAUCUCCCCGGGAGAGCAGCUGAAACCACAGCCCAAGAUAAGGAGUCCGGCGAGGCCAGCGAUGGGAACGCCCCGCUCACCCUGGCAUGCACGGUGGAGGCGAAGGGGGAGAAGGCUGGGUUUCCGGAUAACCUCUUUCUCGAGAAGGCCAUGCAGCUGGCGAAGCGGCACGCCAAUGCCCUUUUCGACUACGCGGUGACCGGCGACGUGAAGACGCUGCUGGCCGUGCAGCGCCACCUCACGGCAGUGCAGGAUGAGAACGGGGACAGUGUCUUACACUUAGCAGUCAUCCACCUCCAUGUGCAGCUUGUGAGAGACCUGCUAGAAGUCACCUCGGGUCUGGUUGCUGAAGACAUUAUCAACAUGAGGAACGACCUAUACCAGACGCCCCUGCACUUGGCAGUGAUCACCAGGCAGGAAGAUGUGGUGGAGGACCUGCUGCGGGCCGGGGCCGACCUGAGCCUGCUCGACCGCCUGGGUAACUCUGUCUUGCACCUGGCUGCCAAAGGAGGCCACGACAAGGUUCUCAGCGUCUUACUCAAGCACAAGAAGGCACCGCUACUGAUUGACCGGCCCAACGGGGAAGGUCUGAACGCCAUCCAUGUGGCCGUGGUGAGCCCCAGCCUGCAGUGCCUGCUGCUGCUGGUGGCCGCCGGGGCCGACGUCAACGCCCAGGAGCGGAAGUCGGGGCGCACGGCACUGCACCUGGCGGUGGAGCAGGACAACAUCUCCCUGGCCGGCUGCCUGCUCCUGGAGGGGGAUGCUCUUGUGGACAGCACCACCUACGACGGUACCACCGCCCUGCACAUCGCAGCCGGGAGGGGCUCCACCAGGCUGGCGGCUCUUCUCAAGGCAGCAGGAGCAGAUCCGCUGCUGGAGAACUUUGAGCCUCUCUACGACCUGGAUGAGUCUUGGGAAGAGUCUGGAGAGGAUGAAGGGGUCGUGCCGGGGACCACGCCCCUGGAUAUGGCCACCAGCUGGCAGGUGUUCGAUAUACUGAAUGGAAAACCAUAUGAGCCAGAGUUCACACCCGACGACGUACCGGUGCAAGGAGACAUGAAGCAGCUGGCGGAAGAUGCAAAGCUACAGCUCUACAAGUUGCUAGACAUUCCUGAUCCGGACAAAAACUGGGCUACUCUGGCACAGAAAUUGGGCCUGGGGAUACUUAAUAAUGCCUUCCGGCUUAGCCCUGCCCCUUCAAAAACACUGAUGGACAACUACGAGGUCUCCGGGGGAACAGUCAGAGAGCUGGUGGAGGCCCUGAGACAGAUGGGCCACACUGAAGCCAUCGAAGUGAUCCAGGCGGCCUUCUGCACCUCGGCACCCAUGGCCUCCAGCCCAGGGAAGGCCUCCUCACAGGCCCGCUCUCCUCGCUCGCCCUCUGCCACCAGGCAGCAAAUAGACGAGUCCCAAGACGACAGCAUCUGUGACAGCGGCGUGGAGACGUCCUUCCGCAGACUCAGCUUCACGGAGUCUCUGACCAGCACCACCUCCUUGCUGACUCUUAACAAAAUGCCCCACGACUACGGGCAGGAGGGACCUAUCGAAGGCAAAAUUUAGCCUGCUGGCCGUCUUCCACCCGGGGAAACCAGAGCCAAAGCCUGGCCUCCCCGGUGCCGUCCAGGAGGAAGGGGUCGUGCAUCAGAGGUGCUCAGGGAAACCGGCUGCCUGGCCCAGCCUCCACUCGAUUCCCAGCCUCGUCCACUUGGCCUCCUUCCCGCGUCUGCAGGUGGACCUCAGGCGGGCUCGCUCCAGCAGCUGGCGUACCGGCCACCGUCCUGGGCUGUGGGGAGGGGGCUCCUGGAGCUUUAUUCUGCUGAGUUGCUUUUGUUCGUUGCUGCUGUCCCCCUGCCGCGGUCCCCCUGUCAUUAAAGGGGGUCAUUUCCCAGCCAGUGUUCUCUCUCGCCGUCCGCGGCACAGUUGUGCAUUCGGAUUAAGGAUUAAGAAAAGGGUCUUUAUACUGAAAAUCAUUUGGCGUGCAAUAAAAUAAAAAUGUGCUCAAUGCUUUUUCAAUGUCAUUAUCUCCGAUUGUGAAAAAAAAAAGUACUUGUCAAUAUUUAAACAUGGUUAUAAUCAGUGCUGAAAAUGACAUUCUCUUUCUGCAUUUUGCUGUUGUAAAUAUGUUUUUUAGAUCAAAUACUUUAAAGGAAAAAAUGUUGGAUUUAUAAAUGCUAUUUUUUAUUUUACUUUUAUAAUAAAAGGAAGAGCAAAUCGAUGA